AAGUUUAUAAUAUGUAUCGGUUGGUUACAACCACUACAUUACUACGUGCUGAGUAAAUGCAUAAAUUAAAAAAAAAAGUUUACAUUUUGCAUACCAAAGCGCUCCCGAGUUUUUUUUAUUUCGGUCAGUGUGAGUCGGGUCGUUCGGCGGGCGCUGUUGAGAUGGCGCUGAUAAAAUAUCCGCUUAAUAAAUAAUGCCGCGACCUUCCAAUAAAUAACAAUGAAAUUCCAAUAAUGUUGUUCGAAUUAAUAACAAAACUAUGCUGAAGUUAUAGUUGUUUAUCGUGUAAACCUGGCCCCGUUGGCUGUCACUGUCACUUUGACAUUCAGUGCAUAGGUUACGUUCGUUCCCUGUCAACUUGACAAAUUUCCAGUUGUGGGCGCCUAAAACUCAAACAUUUCGUUAUAAAUACGACCCGGUUUAUAAAUAAUCCAAUGUGAGCCAGUUGUGACGGUUGUCUUUGCUUAAAUUCGUCCCGGGGCUAGAAACCACUUUGACAGCUCAGACAGCAAGUGACAUGUUAUCAUAAACACUGGAAUAAUAUGAAUACGGAUCUGCAGCGAAGACAAGAUGUUAAAUAUGAUUCAGCGUCGAAUAUUUCCAACUCGAACGGGGACAUUUGCAGAAUUUGCCAUUGUGAGGCUGACACUGACAACCCCCUGUUGUCACCUUGCUACUGCUCGGGUAGUUUGAAAUAUGUGCAUCAGUCCUGUCUCAGGCAGUGGUUGGCCGCCUCCGACACUCGGUCCUGUGAGCUGUGCAAAUUUAGCUUUAUUUUACAAACGAAAAUCAAACCGCUGUCAGAAUGGCGAACCUUGGAAAUGAGCAGUGUGGAGCGGAGACGUCUCCUGUGUGCCAUCCUGUUUCAUUUUGUCGCGGCUGUGUGUGUCAUUUGGUCACUCUUUGUGCUUAUAGAUAGGGCGGCUGAAGAAGUGCAAAAGGGCCUAAUAGCUUGGCCCUUUUGGACGAAAUUAGUUGUAGUUGCGGUUGGUUUCACAGGAGGUGCUGUUUUCAUGUACAUACAAUGUCGCCAGUACUUACAUCUUUUCGCGAGAUGGAAAGCACACAACAGGAUAAUCUUGGUCCAGAACGCCCCCGAGAAGCCCCUAAUGGCCCCUCCCUCUCCUAGUUUUAUUUUCACUAGGACCUCCCAAUAUUCGCCCCAAGUUUUAGCGCACGGAAACUUUAACUUACCUCCGGCAAACUCUGAUUCGAAUAAUGAUUCGCAAUUGUGUUACGUUUUUGAAAAGGAGAACGAGAAACCUAGUUUUUUAGGCUCAUCUUCCCAGAAAGAUGAUAUCCAUGUUGAAGAUUUGUGUGAGACAACUUCUAGUGAUAAUUUCAUUAAUCCAUUGGCCAGUACUAUGCCUUCGGGAAGUAUUAAUCCAAAUACGAGGGAUCUUCUAGCUCUAGACAUCCAAAGCUCUUCUAGAAGUGCAAACGAGUUUUCUCUUGACCACUCAACGAAGACUGACGUUAUUCGGAAUAAGAGUUGUGUGUUUAAAUCUUUGCCUAACUUAAACACUAGCAAUGAGAACUUACUUGUGUAAAUAAAAAAUUAUACAAUU